AUGUCGCAUACUACCCCACAGAGCUAUCUUGUUUGGUCCCUGCUGUCCAGUCUGCUCGGAGUGUUUCUUGUCUUCCAUCUGUGGAGAUUCGACAGGUUCAAGUGCUUGAGAUGGAGCAGCACUAGUUCGCAAUCGGGCGCGUUCAAGCGUCUCAUGACAUACUCCUAUCUCCUCAGUGUACCACUCAUCAUAGUGUACUCUAUCGGUUUCGCGGUCAUCAAGUACGGCGAAGGAUUCGUUCAGCUUCCUGCGCUUGGUAUCGUCCCAACUCCGCAUCAACUAUGGUCCAAUUCUCAUCAACGGGCGAUCCUUCCACUCUAUCUCUGUAUAUCGCUAGGAUGGGCACUUGAAAUGGUAACACAUCUCGAAGAGCUAUGUUUCUGGCUCUUCGUGGUAAACGCGGGUGCAGUCCAGCGUGACUGGUUCCGAAGUCGGUAUUUCAAGACAUGGGCGAUGGGAAGUGUGGUUGCGGUGCUAUAUAUGCCGCUCGUGACGAUCUUUACGAGAAGUGAUCCACUGAGGUCAGAGAGCUGUAUUUUCUUAGCCGGAAGUCUGGGGAGUUUGACGUUGACGGUAUGGUUUAUACCGGUUCUAUGGCGAUUCCCGUCUUUUCUGGAGAACCUUGAGCAGGAAGGAGUCGAUAUGGGAACGAUCGUGCGAUUGACCAAGUUUCAUGAGCUUAACGCCAUCCGGGUCAUGUUUCGCUUCCUAUUCGCUGCUCCGCUUCUCAUCCUCGCUGUUGACGGUAUCCGGCCGCACCAACAUGUUAACGAAAGCUUGAUCGGGACAGACUUCCUCGCCAUGACCUCCGCAUUCGGAGUCGUUGUCUCUUCGGGCCUAACACUCGUUAUAUUCUUCCCCCGCUCAAUCGAAUGCGAAAUCGCUGCCAGACGCAAAGCAAAAGCGUUCAAAUCACUC